AUGAACGAGUUUGCUGAGGUGGCCAAAGGCCAUGGCCAGGGCCAGCAGGGUCCCUCAAUUCAUAAAAUGAAGACCCUGCUUGGAGCAGAGGACGAUACAUCGCGCUUUGUCGGCCUUGCACUACUCAAGUCGGUCCUGGACAAUACGCCAGAGCUGCGCAAUGAUGAAGAGGCCAUCGUCUCGUUGUGGGAGAGCAUCCCUCCCAAAUUCCUCGACAGGUUGAUCAAAACCGGGUCCAAGCCGCACAAAUCGUUGGAAGCAUCAUCAGAGUCAUCGCGCAAAGACGCCAACGACAUGUUGGAUCUCGCCGUAUCCGUGCUCCAUACCUUUGCAGCCUUGCUUCCGGAUAAUGCGAGGCACAAUCCCAAACUGCUCGACAGGAUACCACAGCUUGUGUCCUCUCUGCUUCACUGCUCGGAUGACACUACGCGGCUCGCGCUCGAGACUCUGUUGAGCCUGGUGAGCCAUCCAGACGGUGCCACGGUUUUCACAACAAUCAAAGACUUGUCGCCCCUGACGGAGAUGGCACCCUCGCAACCGCUUGCCCUGGAGACACUGCUCCAUGCGUGGCUCAACGUCAUGACAGCAACGCCAGACAAGAGCAACUUGAGAUUCAAGAUCGACAGAACCAUCAACAGUCUGGUCUCAUCGUUCAAGGGAACCGAUGCUGUCACCCUCCUGAACUUCCUCGCAAACUUGCUCCCCCGUUUGGAGCCAGAGGUCGUACCACCCAAUCCGAAAUGGCUACCUUCCCUCGGACACUUCAUUCGCAAUCUCGUCGCAAGCCGCCCCAACGCCGCCAGCCGCAACGCCUUCACCAAUCUUUCCGCCGCCCUCCUCGAGCUCUACCCGUUCCAAGCCCCGCAACUCCUGUUCACCGACAAAUCCACCACUGACACCGCCCCCUUCUCCUACCUCCUCGUCAACCUCCUCCUGGUCGACCUCCGCGCGACCCUUCCAACCCUCCUCCCCCAGCUUAAUAGCCCGGACUACCCCUCCACCUCGCGCCGCCUCACAUCCGCCUUCAACACCAUAUCCCAUUUCAUCGGCUACCUUUUGCGCGCCAUGGACGCGGACUCAGACAACCACGGUCUCUUGAUAUCCCCCGACCACCUCCUCAAGCUCCGCAAAUCUAUUUCCGAAACGCUCUCCCUCACGACCGAGUUCCUCCGCGACCGCUGGGACGCCGCCGUCGCGGGCGCACUGGGCCUGCACCCGGACGCCCGCGCGGCCGAGGCCGUCACCGCAUCGGGCGUGUCGCACCUCACGCUCGCUUGGAAUAUCAAGAACGCGGAGGGUGGAAGUGGGAUGGGCGUUGCUGACGAUCCGCUUGCCCUUGCCGCUGUGCGGACGUUGGCGAUUUGGAUCCGCGAGGACGAGAAUGAGUUGCUCAGGAAGGAGGUGAGUGGGUUGGCGGAUAUGCUGGUUGAUUUGUAUCGAUCUUCUUCGGCUGCGGGGACGGUGUUCGAUUUUCGAAGGGCGGUGCUCGUUGCUUUUGAAGGCCUUGUGGCUGAGCGCAAGGGGAGGGAGGUGGUGGUGGAGAAUGGCGGGUGGGAGGUGCUCGCGGGGGAUUUGAUUGCUAUUCUCGAGGCGAGUUCUUCUUCUUCCUCCUCCUCCGGGAGUCUCGAGGAGGAUGCGGCGAGAGGGGUGGAGAUUGUGCGCGUGCUGCUGCAGAUUGCUGAGGCUGCGAGGCCUGGUUCGAGGGAGGCCUGGAUGGAUCUCGUGACCAAGGUCGCGGCUUGGUAUGUGCCCGAGGCGGACCAACCUUCUGUGGUGCUGGAGUGUCAGGUUGCCGCGCUGCAGCUAGUCACGGCGCUAUUGGCGAACACGCAUCCUGGAAUGCAGAAGCGGUAUGUGCAUUCGACGACUGCCGUGUUAGGCAUUGCGAACCAGCUGCGGGUGAAGUUGAGAAGGGAUGAGGCCUUGGACGAAGCGCUGGAGGACGUGUUGGGGACGCUGGCUGCGCUAAGAUGA